CGAUCUUUUGGGCUGAGCGUAUUACGAGCGUUGUUGUCCUGAAGGAUGACGAGUCAACGUCGUUGAUCACGGCCUACACAUUUUUUCCAUUCUCAGAGUCUCACUGUUACACUGUUGGCAAGCCUGUCGUGCUGGACAUUUGGCGCCAAACGGCAUUUGAUGAGAGUGCAGACUUGUACCCUCUGCGUAAAAAAACCGGGAAUAUGUACGGGUGCACCCUGAAAGGCCUGGCGAAGACGCGACCACCGGAAGCCAUCGUUUACCCCGACCCGACGAUAGGCGAGUGGGUGUUGGAGGGCACCGGCGGGAAGCUCCUGAAGAUCGCGAUGGAGAAACUCAACUUCCGGACCAACAUCUCCAUCCCGCCGAACAACACCAAGAUCGACCGCUUCGGUUACGACAUUUCCACCGGGAUCCCGAACGCCCUCGACGAGGCCAUCAACAAGCUCGAGGUUGACUUCGCUUUUGGUAGAGUACAUCCUAUCAGCUGUAUUUACUCGCACAUUAUUUACGAUUCGGCGGAUGCCGAGUUCUCGCGGGCGGUGACGGAGGAGUGUUUCACGUGGGUCGUGCCCGACAAAGCCGGUCGCAUCCCCUCCAUCUGGUCCAACUACAUCAACGAGUUCGACAUCGGAGUCUGGUCGCUCAUCAUCGUCACUUUCGCUACCAUCUCCGUCUCCAUUUACGUUACAACACAUCUCAUCGACACUUCUGGCGAGCUUCGGAAGUUGCGGGACAUCGUUUUCUACGGGGUGGCGACCUCUUUGGCGGUGUCCUCGCCGGCUCAGCCGGAGACCCACUCGCUGCGGCUCCUGAUAUUCCAGUGGCUUCUCUACUGCCUCGUCAUCUCGGCGGCCUACCAAAGCUCCCUGGGCAGCUUCAUGACCGUGCCGUGGAGCACGGACCAGAUCCGGGAGCUCCAGCAGAUCCUCGACGGUCGCUUCAACAUCACCGGACAACCCCAGGCCGGCAGGAUCCUCAAACGCUCCGCCACCGAGAACCCCGUCCUUCAGAGACUCUCCCAGAAAUUCGUGAUUCACGCGGGGUUCUACGAUGACGUCAUCGACUUGAUCGAGGCGGGGACGACGGCUUCAUUCGGGGCCAAGCGCUUCAUCCAGUUCUACUCGAUCAAUCGACUCAGGAAACGCAACGCCAUCCUCCAUAUCAUCCCCGAAUGCGUCCUCCAAGCCCACUCCAGCCCCUUCAUGUUCAGGAAGGGAUCCGUCCUUGAACUUCCCAUUAACCGAAUCAUUUCCGGUUUGGUCGAGAGUGGAAUUACGGAUUACUGGUUCGAGUACUCGAUUCCAAAGUCGGGUUUGAAGUUGGAGAACGUGCGAGCGUUGCAAAUAAACCAGAUCAAAGGGUUGCUCAUCAUUUUGUUUUGCGGUCAUACCAUGGCGGCGAUAGUGCUACUACUGGAGAAAGCCCAUCGCUACUGGACCGUCCGCUCCGGAAAAAAGAAAAGAGUUGCGUUUGUGGAUUCAAUGGACAAAAAUGAUGGGAAGAAGGGAGAGCCUCACCGCAUGAUGCAUGCAUGGAACUAAGUAGGGAACUUUGGAGUAGAGGACCUUGUUGGAGUGUAUUGUUGUAUUUUCGAAGGUGGAAUUCACUUAAA